GUCAACACGGUCACUGAUUAAACCCAAACACCGGAAGUUGCGCAUGAUAAAUAGCUAGGUACAAUGGCGCCCCUAGAUUUGGAUAAAUAUGCGGAGAUUGCAAAACAGUGUAAAUACCUUCCAGAAAAUGACCUCAAGAGGUUAUGUGACUACGUGUGUGAUCUUCUGCUGGAAGAGUCCAACGUUCAGCCUGUUUCUACUCCUGUGACAGUAUGUGGAGACAUACAUGGACAGUUUUAUGAUCUUUGUGAACUCUUCCGAACCGGUGGCCAGGUCCCAGACACAAAUUACAUAUUCAUGGGUGACUUUGUUGACCGGGGAUAUUACAGUUUGGAGACGUUCACCUACCUGCUGGUGCUGAAAGCCAAAUGGCCCGACCGCAUCACACUUCUACGUGGAAACCACGAGAGCAGACAGAUUACCCAAGUUUACGGCUUUUACGAUGAGUGUCAGACUAAGUAUGGGAAUGCAAACGCCUGGCGUUAUUGCACCAAAGUGUUCGAUAUGUUAACAGUUGCAGCUCUGAUGGAUGAGCAGAUCCUGUGUGUCCACGGAGGUCUCUCUCCUGACAUUAAAACCCUGGAUCAAAUUCGAACCAUUGAGCGGAACCAGGAGAUCCCCCACAAAGGAGCGUUUUGUGAUCUGGUGUGGUCGGACCCUGAGGACGUGGACACAUGGGCCAUCAGCCCCAGAGGAGCUGGCUGGCUCUUUGGUGCAAAGGUCACAAAUGAGUUUGUUCACAUCAACAACCUGAAGCUGAUCUGCAGGGCACAUCAGCUCGUCCACGAGGGCUACAAGUUCAUGUUUGACGAGAAGCUCGUCACAGUGUGGUCGGCUCCUAACUACUGCUAUCGCUGCGGCAACAUCGCCUCCAUUAUGGUCUUCAAAGAUGCUAACACAAGAGAGCCAAAGCUCUUCCGAGCAGUGCCUGAUUCCGAAAGGGUCAUUCCACCUCGAACAACAACACCUUAUUUCCUGUAAGCAGAUGAAAAAUAAAAUGACAGUGCACAGAAUCCAUCAAGGACAGAGGCAACAGCACUUGUGAACCCAUAUGAAUUUUGUAUAGUAAACUGUAGAGUAUUUACAGUGCUUUUCUUGGUGCCAACUGUCAACUUUUCUUCCCAUUCUGUUCAUUUAAUGCCAUUAUUCUGCAGCUUAAAUGAGAAACCCCUUACUGCAAGCUGGAAGUUGGGGUAGGGCUACAUGUUGUUCACAUGGGGAGGAGCUCCACAUGGAGCUGAUUUAAAUUGUCUCCCAGUGGUGAAAAAACUGGAAUAAUCUCUGAGAUAGUGAUGGCUACAGGCAGUAGACUUGUAACUUGAUGCUUUUGCUGGCUAUGUCUAAUGUUUUUCAUCAGUCAUCUAGAUGAACAUUUAUUCAAACAGUUUUUAACUUAGUUUUAUUGAGAAUACAUAAAAUGUUAACAACAGCUAGUGCUAUUCAGCCAACAGAAACAUGUAUUAAAAUGAUCCUGAUGCAGGUACUCCUGGAUCACUGUGCCAGAGUCCCAGCAGGUUGGUUCAGCGGCUCAUACAGACACUUGCAUGUUUUAUACUGUGGAUAAACGGUUAACUUUCAGCUACUUAGAACCACAGAGAAAGAGCCUGCAAGUCACAGUUGCCUACAAAUUAAAGGCCAGGAUUACUGCACCGUUUGCCACACUGUGGUAUCACAGCUUUGAAAGGAUUUUGGACUUCCUGUCGACCAAAUCUACUAUCUGUGUAUUAAUAACUGAUGAGUAGCAACAUAAGUCAAGGCCAGCAAACACAUCACACUACCAGUCUGCUCCCCGUAGCCGUCAGCAGCUCAGAGCUGAAUGCUGUCAGUGCUGAACAUGGUCCUCCAGCUUGCAGUGAGGGGAACUUUGCUUGAAUCACAUUGAGACGAUGCAGCUGGCGCAUAAGUUUGAACAGCAUCACUGUGCUGUUGAAAUAUAUUGUAGAGGAAGGAUUAAAAUGAUACAGAAGUCAACUGACCCUUGUAAAAUGUUCAUAUUUAUAGAGCUCCAUUUUACUUUACAAUAAAAAAUCACUCUGCUGAGCAAAUUGCAGGUAGAGUGUUGUAUACAAUGUUUAAUUUUAUGCUGUUAUGGUAAUGUAUUAAAGUUGGGUGUAAGAUAAUGAUGAAGAACUGCACAAAAACAAAAAUUGCAUCUAGUCUGACAGUUUCAAUGGACUUAUACCCACAGUGUUAUUAUGUGAUAUAAAUAAACAUGUAAACCUGAGAGUUGAUGUGUAAAAUUUAACUGUAUCUGUUUGUUAGCAGGUGCAGUAUUGUUAAGCCUGGUACCUUAAAAAAAAUUCCCUGUAAUUUCCAGAUUUGGAAUCAGCUCUAUGCGCUUGUAAUUAUUAUUUUUCUGUGUAUCAUCAUACUUUUUUAAAAUAAAAGAAAAAAGAAUUGCAAAAAUGUU